AUGGAGUGCCUCCACCAGCUGACCACAGUUAUCGUGUCUGUGUCCUUUGUGGUUGGUGUAGUGGCGAAUGUGGUGCUCUGGAUGACUGUUCUUCGAAUGCCGCGAACUUUUACUACCAUCUGGUUCUUCAACCUGGCCCUUGCCGACUUCACUGUCUUACUGUCCCUGCUUAUCACCGUACAGAGUGUAGCAAUUGGCCAGUGGCUCCUCAACGAUGUGGCCUGCAAGCUUUACAUGGCCUUCUUGGCCCUCAGCUUCUUUACCAGCAUCUGCCUCUUGGCCCUCAUCUCUCUGGACCGUUGCAUCUCUUUCCUCUACCCGGUCUGGUCCUGAAACCAGUGCACUGCGCGGUCAGCAAGCUGGCUGCUGGCUGCUAUCACGUGCUCUCCAUACUUGAUGUUCCAGACCACUGAAGAACAGAAAGGAUGUGUCUCCUGCUGCUUCAAUACAGACAUAGAGAAUAAGGGGAAGGAGAAUCCAGCUCCCAGGAUAGGAAGUGUGGUUUUGAAGAGGAAAAUGACUGUGACCAUCAUUCACUUCCUGCUGGGUCUCUUGGUGCCCUUGGUGAUCAUCAGUACCUGUGCCCACCUCAUCUGCACCAAGCUCCAGCAGGAGGGCUGGGUCCAUGCCAGCCAGCCAAAGAGGCUGCUGUUGGUGUUGGUGAGAAUCUUUUUCAUUUCCUGGUUCCUGUUUAACAUGGCGCUCUUGGUCCAAUUGUAGCAACCGCAAGACGAACCUGACCCUAAGAUGCUGCUCCUCCUCUGGGCUACCUUUUCCCUGGGCUGUUUCAACGACUACCUCAACCCUUUCCUCUCUGUCGUCAUUGGCAGAGAUUGCCGAGAAAAGUUUUUCCCGUCUUUGCCUUUUGCCUUGGCCAGAGCAUUUGGUGAGGAGGGGUUUUUUUCAGCCUGUCCCCAAGGUGAAGCCCCCAGGGUAUGA